GGGAGGAGGGAGCGGGAGAUCUCGGGGCUCGGAGCCGGCCGCCGCUCCGCUCGGAUCGCUGUGGGGCUCGGUUUUUUGGGGGUGGGGGGGCGGGGGGGCUCAGAUAUGGAGGCAAAUGGGAGCCAAGGCACCUCGGGCAGCGCCAACGACUCCCAGCACGACCCCGGUAAAAUGUUUAUCGGUGGACUGAGCUGGCAGACCUCACCAGAUAGCCUUAGAGACUAUUUUAGCAAAUUUGGAGAAAUUAGAGAAUGUAUGGUCAUGAGAGAUCCCACUACGAAACGCUCCAGAGGCUUCGGUUUCGUCACGUUCGCAGACCCAGCAAGUGUAGAUAAAGUAUUAGGUCAGCCCCACCAUGAGUUAGAUUCCAAGACGAUCGACCCCAAAGUUGCAUUUCCUCGUCGGGCGCAACCCAAGAUGGUCACAAGAACAAAGAAAAUAUUCGUAGGCGGAUUAUCUGCGAACACGGUGGUGGAGGAUGUAAAACAGUACUUUGAGCAGUUUGGCAAGGUGGAGGAUGCAAUGCUGAUGUUUGAUAAGACGACCAACAGGCACAGAGGGUUUGGCUUUGUCACGUUUGAGAAUGAAGAUGUUGUGGAGAAAGUCUGUGAGAUCCAUUUCCAUGAAAUCAAUAAUAAAAUGGUAGAAUGUAAGAAAGCUCAGCCUAAGGAAGUCAUGUUCCCACCGGGGACAAGAGGCCGGGCCCGGGGACUGCCUUACACCAUGGACGCGUUCAUGCUUGGCAUGGGAAUGCUAGGCUAUCCCAACUUUGUGGCAACCUAUGGCCGCGGCUACCCUGGAUUUGCUCCUAGCUAUGGCUAUCAGUUCCCAGCCCUAUUACCAUAUUUAAAUGCAAGCUUCCCGGCAGCGGCUUACGGACCAGUGGCGGCGGCGGCCGUGGCAGCGGCAAGAGGAUCAGUCCUGAAUAGCUACAGUGCUCAACCGAAUUUUGGCGCGCCCGCUUCCCCGGCAGGCUCCAACCCCGCGCGGCCCGGAGGCUUCCCGGGGGCCAACAGCCCAGGACCUGUCGCCGAUCUGUACGGCCCUGCCAGCCAGGACUCCGGAGUGGGGAAUUACAUAAGCGCGGCCAGCCCACAGCCGGGCUCGGGCUUCGGCCACGGCAUAGCUGGACCUUUGAUUGCAACGGCCUUUACAAAUGGAUACCAUUGAGCAGGUGCUUCUGUUGCCAUCCCACUCUGAGAGCAUACCUGGAUGUCCAGGCAAGACUGGGCGAAGUUUCUGAGUGGCCCUUUGUUUAGGUGAUGUCAUCAGACCUGGACCCCCACCAGCCUCACUCCCCAUCGCAACCAGAGAUGGCUCACUUCGGAUCGAGGGUUGACUACAUCUCAUCAUCUCACGAAUCUGCUGUAAUAUAUGACAACAGCUUUUAAAUGUGUAUAUAACCCAUGAUUUUGGUUUUGUUUUGUUUUUUUUUUUGUUUGUUUUUCUUGAUGGUUUCCCCCUUCCUCUCCCCUCUUCCCCGUUCUCCUUUUAAAUCUCUUUGAAUCACAUUUGGUAGUGAUUUUGACUUAGUCCGGUAGUCAUAUAGCUUUAAUAUCUAGUUAAAAGCUAACCAUAGUAUAAUUGUUAUAUUAAGGUAUUAUUUUUUCUUAAAAAAAAAUUUUUUUUUUUGGCUUGUUUUGAUUCUGUUCUCACUUUUAAAGGAUGCUGAGAUGGUAAUAUGACUCUCAAUAUUUUGGUACCAAUUCUGAGACUGUAUGGAUUUUCUGGUGCGGCUUGUGCACCAGCGGAAGCAAAGUUGUGAAAUGUGGAGUAGGAGAUGGGCAUAAGCUUUCUACUUUGCGUUGUCUAAGAAGUGAGAUGUAGUAAGCUAAUUAACAGACUCUCUAGCGGUUCUUUUUUGUGACGUCUCUUUGUUAACCUAAGUAUAUCUAUUUUCGGCAAUAAGGUAAGGACGACGAUGUUUUGAGUGUCCUUCUUUUCUAUAAGUGCUUUUUUUCUGUUGAAAGAGGUGAUAUUAUAAGGUUUUUUGAAAUUGUGAAUUCUAAAAAAAAAAAGAAACGUUGUAAAUACAAUUCCAUUAACUACAUAGAAACUAUUAAGAAAGAGAAUCAAAAAUAUUUUUGUGAGGGAGUCGGUCCCAGGCAGUUCGAUGCUCUGUGGGAAGGAGGGGAAGGAAUGGUAACCAAGUCAGUUCGGAGGCGGAAGGACACCCCGCUGCCGGGACGACCCCGGGGGAAAGUUCGAACACUGUUCAGCUCCUUCUGUCUGUGUGAUAGACCUAAGAACUGUAUUCGUGUCAUACCAGCAUAUUAACCUCUCGUCUGUGCACAGCUUCAAAUGUUACCGUCUAGUUAGAUUUUUAUUUAAAAUAUGAAAAACUGCUUUUCCCAAGAAGUUUUUUAAAAACAAAGCUACAAUUUUAAUAUUUAACAUAUUUAAAGUUUCAAAGCACACCUGUUUGGCUUGGGUGGGGAGGGGUGGGGGGACAUUCUUUUUCAGUCUUAAUUUUUAAAUAUUUGAUCAUUUUCUAUCGUCCAACCAUUUCAGCACCUCCAAAGGUCCCUAGGACACUUUGCCUCUCUUUGCCCCUCCCUUCCCCCCACCCCCCCCACCCCCCCCACCCCCGGCCCGCAGCUCUGGGGGGGCCCCACCCCCCCGGGCCAGGAGCUGAGAAGCCUGCAUUAACGAAACCUUUUCUCCAUUCACUUUCUAUUUACAAAUUAGGAAAGCAACCUUUUGGUUUAUAUAUUUUUUUUUAAUACCUCAGUGCUGCAAGUAUCACCAGAGAGGCUAUGGAAGAAUUUUUUUUUUUUAAUUUAUUGUAGAUGUAAACAGAAUUUUAAAAAUAAAAAGUAUAAACAUCGCUGCACUGUGACUGGUGGGAAAAACUGACAGUUUCCUGUUUGCACAUGUUUGACAUUUGGCUGUUAUAAUAUAUGGUCCUCGGUUGGGGAAAGAUACUUAUGAUGAAGGAUAUUUUUUAAUUUAACUUUUUUUUAAUAUUGGUAAUAGGUCGGCAACAGCAACUAUAGAAGUACAACUCAAUAGAUGGCAUUAAAACAUAUUGUAGUGUGGAUAUAUAUUUUUUUCUUUUUUAAAAUGUGAUAUUGACGUUUUAUUAAUAUUUUUUAAAUUGUUACGUUUAUAAAUUUGGUACUUAAGGCACAGCCAGUAUGAGACACUGAAUGCGACGUUUAUUAUAAAGAGCUGCUGCACUCCUAUUUUUAUAAAUUUUACUAACAAAGUAGACUAAUGUAGACAUUCACAGACAUGGUAGGGCAAAAGCAUCCUCAAACAAAAGGCUCCAAAAUGCGAACCUGGAAGGAAAGAAAAAAAGCCUUUUUCAAUUCUAAUUAAACAGCAAUGACAUUU